AUGGAGCUGCCCAAGAAGCGGAGUGGGCAGAAAACCGUGGAGAGAAAACCGAUCAAUGAAGCCACUUUGGCAGGUGGUCGGAGCUAUCACCCGACGUUCUCCUACAUCUCGCUCAUCUCAAUCGUUCACGAUAUCGAUGCGAACCCGGCGAAGGUGACGCGGCCCGUCCGUUGGAAUUGCGACUACGACACGGCAUGCUGUAGCUACGGCAUCGCCAACGCUGAGCCCGAGUUCUGUUAUCGUGAGAUGCUCAGAAGUCAAAUCGUAUCUUCACCGCCUUCAAUGGGAGCCUGUGAGGAGUCGAUGGACUCUAACAACAACCUGCACAACGCAGCGAGCAGCGGAGCCAUGCAACCAUCCCCUGGCAUAGCUCAAUCCUCAGUCAACAUCGACACGUAUCCGUGCUUCAAAGAGGUGUUCCUUGGCCAGAAAGAAUUCGAAACGUUCGACGAGUUCAGCCAGCUUUUCUCACGUUUCGAGAAACGUUCGCGUUUUCUGUUCCGCGUCAAGAACUCAUCCAGCGUGGAGGCUGAAAACCGCCGGCGGAAGGAUCAGAUUGAUUCGGCCAUCAAAUACUCCGGGCUCGUCCUUUGCUGUGUCAACUCUGAACUUGGGCAUGGCAAGCCGAGCAACCGUUCGGGCCAGUGCAAGGCGCACAUCUACCUGCGGUAUCGAUCUCAGACAAGACGAUUGGCAAUCAUGACUGCCACGCAUAUCCACAAUCAUCCCCAGGAAGAGGGCGCUUCACUCAACACCAGAAUAUGUGUUACCGAACGGCUCGGCAGACAGGAUCGAUUAGCCCCGCGGCGCAAGGGAGCUCGGAGCUCGAAGCCUCUCUUGUCCUCGGUGAUGCCUCCGCACUCAUCUCAAUUCGUUGGUCGUGGACGAAGCUUCGGGCUGUCGUCGAACUCGCCACCAGAAACAGUGCUGUCCACGCCUUCAGCAUCCCCACCCGUACCUUUGGAUUUGCGUGCGGGUAGUGUGCCCGGAGGAGUACUCAGCCAUCCGUUUCUCUCCGGACUACCCUUCCUUCUACCCGGGGCGGGCCAUCUCAAUUCAGACGCUUUUCUGUCUCGGCUCAUCCAGGCACAGGGAGGAAUUUCCGGAGCUCUAUCCGGAGUUGUUCCCUCAUCGACAAGUCCGAGCGAGUUCCUCGCGCAAAUGCGAGUCGGUUCCCCUCUCCACGGUAGCGGGCUUGUUCCUCCUUUUUCACCAGACAGUCUCCUAGGGCAACGUCUUUCUUCAUUCCGUCCUUUCGUGGGGGCUCACGCUCCCCCUCUGCCCGACGAGAGUGCUGGUACCAGCAGGGCUUUUUCGCCAGGUAGCUUGCCUCCGCACUUGCAAUCUCAUUUCUCUCAUAAUGUGCAAAAUGGCAUUACUCCUCCGAGAAGUGUAAGCAACGGCUCCAAUCCGAACUCAACUGCCAGCGGUGUACUGGAGCCAGAGUGCCUGCUGAGAACGACCGAAGCAAAACGUCAGCGGCUUUCGCCCUGCGGAAGCGAGACGUCGACAACAACGAGUAUGAAUGUCGUCACGUCCAAUGGAUUCGCUGAGACCCGCUCGUUCGAUGGCGAAGCCGACAUCGACGUUUCGGAUGCUUCGCGUCGUUCUCCGAGGACGCGGGGAGCUGACGAUGAGGAGGUUACGCUCGUCCAAGAUCUCAGUACUAAGAGCGGCUUGUCGAGACGCGCGAGUAGCGCUUCGUCUCCCGUGGAAGUCCCCGUUUCGCCGGUAUCGCGAACGUCCGCCUCGUCGCCCAUUGGUCCCGAAGAUCAAGACCCCCCGACAAACCAACAACCAGUUUCGAUAAUUGUGAGAACGGGCUCAAGCGAGUACGAACUCCGUUGGGAACAGCUCGAAUCCCUGUUCAGAUUGUGCGCGAAGUGCGGUGGAGGCGUCGACGAAAUCUCAGACAGCGACCAUGGCGCCAAAUCCAGCACGUUCAACGGCGUUUCAAGUAAAUCCGUCGCUGCCAUAAACGGCUCCAUUCAAGGAGAAGCAGGUCCCAUCACAGUCGAGACACUCUGCCAGCUUGCCCGGCGCCAACGUGAUCACAGCCAUCCCGAUCCAUAUAACUCGGAGAGGUGACUUACACUCAACUCGGUGGAGAACCAGAACGUAGAUGUUCGU